AUGACGACCAGUCCCCCCGAUGAAGCUCUUCACUUCCGCGGAAAGACUUUGACUCCGGAAAGCCCCCGCCCAUUGCAUAUCUCCGAGCCAUCAAAUAUCCCAGUCCUGGAGAACCAAAUGGACCCCGUCUUUAACGAUACUUCAACUUAUACGAAAUCGGAUUACACUCAUUACAACAAUGUACGGGAUGGAUGGUCGAGAACCGAGGGCGAAGAGCAGGGGCUAUAUCGGGACUCGGGUAGUUUGCAUGGCGCCAAAGUUCCUAUGAAUGAUAUGGCUGCUUUGACGCCAGGAUUCCAUCCUAACCCCUCGGGACCUUACUAUCCUGCAAAUGUGAACACGAAAGCUACUUUUCAAGAUCCUUCUCCUACCCAUACGGCUCCGGCUGUUCCGUUCACUCAAGGCUGCGGCGCUAUGAAUGAGAUAGACAAUGCUGGAAGUUCCGCCCAUCUCGAUGUGAAGGAAAAUCUGAGACCAAGUGCGACAGGAGCUACCCUCCAAGCCUUAUUGGAUAACUUCUCCCAAUCCUCGUCCGCAGCGCCUAACGGUGCAGCCCCCCAUAUAGAAGACUCGUCCAUCCCGCAAGCACCCACGGGCGAGUCGCAAUCCCAAACCCUUCCCGCCCGCCCACCGCUACACGAUCCCGCUCUCCAGCCCACUUACCCCUCCCAAAAUGAUGUGUCUUAUCAUCAGUAUCCUUCCGCCCCAUCUACUGCCUCUUCAGCCUAUGAAAUCCAUUCCAGUAACCCUGCUCUCCAACCCUAUCAGCCAUUCACACCUACAGCAGGCGCGCCGGGCACUUCGCCUGCAGCGCCGCCAGCUGCUAGCUCCAACCAACCCCAAUCCUCGGGUGGUGACUCGCAAAUGCCCCAGGAGGCCCCUACACAGGCUAAAAAAGGCCGUGCCGAAGCAAUUCUAGGACGCUCGACCAAACUCUCGGAUGACGAUGCGCCUUGGGGCCCUGAAGUUCAGAAGAAAUAUGACGAAUUUUUGCAUGAUGAGAGAGUUUAUGUGACAGAGGGCCUUUGGGAUCGAUUUCCGAAUGGCUCCAGGCUUUUUGUUGUCACAAAGCGAGACAUGUUCCAUCGCUUUCACAGAUUUGGCAAACUUGCUCAAAUUUCUAUCAAGCAAGCUUACGGCUUCAUACAGUUCCUGGAGGCAGGUUCCUGCCAUGCUGCCCUCCAAGCUGAGCAGGGGGCGUUGGUGCGCGGCAGAAAAGUACACCUAGAGAUAUCAAAGCCACAGCGAUCCACCAAACCUGGGCCUACAGAGACGGCUCGCGCACCUCCCUCUCGUCGCUCUCGCUCGCCCGAAUUCAGUCGUUCUUCUGGACCAUCCCGAGCGCCUGCACGGACAUCAGGAGAUCGGUUUGAUCGGUCUUACGAGCCAAGUCGCCUGCCAUUCAGUGACUACCGUGACGAACCCUCGCACCGCCGAAGAGACGAUUACAGGCCACCACGCUCUCCACGUUCGCCUUCUCCACGGCCCUUUCGAGGCCGGGACGGUUAUCGAUCUCGGGAUAGAACCCCAGAUCGGUUUGAGCGUCGUGAACGACGACGAUCCCGGUCGCGGUCGAGGUCUCGCUCCCCAUACAGUCGAGACCGUCGAUAUCGUAGCCAUAGUCCCAGACCACGUGGGAUAUACGAAGGGGAGGCGGAUCUUCCUGUACCUCGACGCUCUCCGCGAGAUGUUCCGGAAGUCCAAGUCCUCGUCCUUGAAGAGAUCGAUCGCAAUUUCAUCCUCCAUGUGGAAAACGCCUUUCGUAACCGUGGCCUGAGGGUCGACGUCCUAGUGCUUGGUCCUCGAAUUCCUCUUGGCGCGGCGGUCCAUCGUCAGUUUGUAGAAGGUGUUCUUGCAGUUGUUCGACUGUCUAGAUCCAACCAAUUUUCCCGAAAAAUUCCUCUACAGAUAUUUGAUCGGAGCGCGGGAUCUGGCAAUAUUCAUUUUAGCGGUACGUUACCUUCCCUCUUCAAUGGAUUGCCCUUACUCAUUUCUGUGUUAGACUACCCAGAGGUUGACGCCAACAUCGCUGCUGAAGUUAUGUUCCAUCAAGCCCAGUCGAUGAUACAGCGUAGUGCACCCGCAUCAUACGUCCCAAACCCAGCUUUCCCAGUGCCCAUCCCUGUGGUCCACCCAACGCUGGCCACUCUCACCCAACCCCCCAAUAUGGCAAACCUGAUCAGCUCUCUGGACGGUCCCGGCCUCCAGUCUCUCCUAUCUGCUCUCCAGCGUCAAGCUCCUCUCUCCCAACCUGUAUCCGCAGUCCAGUCACCUUUUGCUUCUCCUAAUCCUCCCCCGCCCGCUAAUCUGGCAUCUCUAUUAACAAAUGCGACACGCCCUCCUCAUCUUCCAAUGGCCCAUACCCAGCACCUCCCUCCUCCUCCUCCCCCUCCCCCCUUCAAUCUCCAGCCCUCGGGUCCCCCCGUUAUAAAUGACCCUCAUCUGCUAUCACUGCUAGCGAAGGGCAUGGCUAGCCAGCAACCACAAAGCCAAGCCCCAAUUGGCACCAACGUGCAAAACCUGAUGAGUCAAUUGUCCAAAUGGAAACAAUGA